AUUAUGGAAAUGGGAAGUGAAGAAGAAAAAUGGGAAAAGCUGGAUGCAGAAUUUGAUCACUUUGUGGUAGAUAUGAAGCCCUUUGUUCUAAAAUUACCCCAUAGGUCAGAACGGCAAAGGUGUGCUCUUUGGAUUAGAAAACUGUGUGAGCCUUCAGGAACAGGUGCAGGAAUAAUGGGCAGGAGGAAUCGGAACCUGUAUGCAAAACUGUUAUUGCAUAUGCUUAAGAGAGGAGUGCUCGAAGGCCCUUUUACACACCGACCUGAACCAGGGACACUAAAAUCUUUACCUUCAUACAUGUCCAUCUAUUUUGAUGAACCAAAUCCAGCACGAGCAAAAGGUUCCAGCCCAGAGGGAUUACCAGACUGGGUAAAGGGUGAGCUGGAGACAAGUGAACACAAAUUGAAUGAAUCAUGGAAACUUUCUUCUGGAGAAAGCGCUUUGGUGCAGUCUCCAACUGAUGGCAACAGGGAACAGUAUAGUGGGAAGCUCCAAGUGAGAUCACAUUCUAUGAGUCCAACUUAUGGAGAAGAUGGACAAAAUAUUACCCCAAAGAUAUGUGAAAUACAUUCGAAAACAUCUCCUGUUUCUCUGGAUGACAGUGACAUUGAAGCUCGCCUCAAUAGUUGGAAUCUUGGGAUAGAAAAUCCUCGGUACUUGAGACAGAAACCUAUCCCAGUUUCUCUGAUGACUCCCAAAUUCAGCCUGAGAAAAUCCAGCAGUCUCCAUGAUGAUCAUUUUCUCUCUCGAAUGCAUGAGAAAGAGUUGGACAUGAAAACAAAAAUGAUGGAAGCUAAAUUUCAUGAAGAAAAGCUUAAACUGCAGCAGAAACAUGAUGCUGAUGUUCAGAAGAUUUUAGAAAGAAAGAAUAAUGAAAUAGAAGAAUUGAAAACCUUGUACAGAAAGAAACAAAAUGAAACUGAGGAGGCUAUUAGAAAGCUUGAAAAGAAAGUUCAGACCCUUAUACGUGACUGUCAAGUUAUCAGAGAGACUAAAGACAACCAGAUUGCAGAGCUAAAAAAGAUAUGUGAGCAAAGUACAGAAUCUCUGAAUAAUGAUUGGGAGAAAAAGCUCCACCAUGCUGUAGCAGAAAUGGAAAAGGAAAAGUUUGAUCUGCAAAAGCAACACACUGAAAAUAUUCAAGAACUGCUUGAGGAUACAAAUAUGCGUCUGAAUAAAAUGGAGGAUGAAUACAUGGCACAAACACAGUCCACA